GGACAAUUUCGUCAAUGAAAGAAGACGUACUCGUCAGAAGUGAAGCGAGUUAGUUUUAAUUCAAGCAUUUAAACUUUUUUUUUCUUAUUCCUGUUCCAUGUGAAAUUAAUAUUUAGUUUUAUUAUAAAUUAAAUAAAUUAUUUCUUUAAUCAAUUGAAUUAAAAAUUAAAAGUAAAAUGAGUUUAUUCCAAGUUAUUUCAACCAAAUUGCCUAGUUUGUCCGGUCGUUGCCUGUGUAGUGCAACUUUCAAAAAUUUUUCAACUACACAAGCGCUCUCGGCGGAAAAGAAAGAGCGCCAAGUCAAGAGGAGAUGCAAAUGGCAAUAUUUGAAUAGAUGUAAUGUGUUAAUAGUUGGAGGCGGUGCCGGCGGUUGUGCACUUGCCGCAAAGCUGUCCUCCAAACUAGGAAAAGACAAUGUUAUCGUUAUUGAACCUUCAGAUAAACAUUACUAUCAGCCUAUGUUUACACUAAUUGGAGGCGGAAUGAAACGUUUGGACCAUUCGUAUAAGCUGAUGGCUAAUGUUUUACCCAAAAAAGUGAGAUGGGUAAAAGAUAGGGCUGUAAAUUUCGAUCCAAAAAAUAACACCGUUUCGACAGCCAAUGGUACCAGCAUAAGAUAUGAUAUGCUCCUUAUUGCCACAGGAUUACAACUAAAUUACGACAAAAUUCCGGGGUUAGUUGAAGCGCUCUCAAUUCCUAAUGGCAAAGUUUGCUCGAUUUAUUCUCCAAAAUAUGUUGACCGCACGUAUCAAUGCCUACGAAAUAUUGAAGAUGGUAAUGCUAUCUUUACGUAUCCAAGUUCACCAGUCAAGUGUCCGGGAGCACCGCAAAAGAUUUUAUAUAUAGCGGAACAUUAUUUCCGAAAGCUCAACAAACGAAAAAAUAUAAAUGUCAUAUAUAACACAUCUCUACCAGUUAUCUUUGGUGUGAAGCAUUACGCGGAUGCACUAUGGAAAAUUAUUGAGAAACGGGACAUUAAAGUUAAUUUGCGACGAAAUUUAAUCGAAAUAAAACCGGAGUCAGACACUGCAAUAUUCCAAAAUCUUGACAACCCCAGUGAAACGUUUGUGGAAAAAUACAAUAUGUUACAUGUAGUCCCUCCAAUGAGCUCACUAGAUGAACUUGCAAAAUGCAAGGAACUAGUAAAUGAAGCUGGAUUUGUAGAUGUUGAUAAAGACACAAUGCAACAUGUUACAUAUAAAAAUGUGUUUGCAAUAGGAGACUGUGCCUCAUCUCCAAAUUCAAAAACAGCCGCCGCAGCUGCUGCACAAUCUCCUGUCGUAUACCACAAUAUGAUUGCCGCUCUAAAUGGCAAACCUCUGAAAGGAAUAUACGACGGUUAUGCAUCAUGUCCAUUAGUUACCGGUUAUAAUAAAUGUAUAUUAGCAGAGUUUGACUAUAAUCUGACACCACUAGAAACGUUCCCAUUCCCACAAAAUAAAGAACGGUACACAAUGUUCAUUAUGAAGAAAGACUUCAUGCCUACACUCUAUUGGCAAAUGAUGUUAAAAGGCUACUGGAACGGUCCAGCUCUAAUGCGUAACAUGAUGUCAGUAUUUAAAUUCGGCAAAUAGUGAUUGUAUUCAGAAGUAUGUCUGUUGUAAAAUCUUCUUUCAAUAAUGUCAAACUUUUGAAAUUAUUUCGACUUAAUGGUAUUUUUAAAUUAUAGUAUAAAAUUCUCACGUUGAAUGUAAUGUAUUUUUAUGAAGUUUUUUAAAAUUUGUAGAAUUUUUUAUUAAAUAAUUCUUAAUGCAAA